UCCCGAUGUUGAAAAUUACCGGAAGUCAUUUUAGCAUGGCUCUCACAGAUCCAAACGACGUCUGCAAAAUUGCUUAUGAUGGAAAUUUGCCGCUGCUACAACUGAAAAUAAGGGAAAACAGAGAUCUCGCUACAAAGAAAGAUGAAACAAGUAGAAUGCCAUUACAUUGGGCAGCAUCAACAGGGAAAGAUGAUGUUGUAGAUUACCUUCUCAGUCUCAAUGUUCCAGUAGAUGCUAGAGAUGAGUCAAACUGGACACCUCUUAUGAUAGCUUCCUCUGCUGGUCAUGAACAAAUAGUAUCACAGCUCAUUGCUAAAGGAGCCCAAGUGAAUGCAGUCAAUAAUACAGGACAGUGUUCACUACACUAUGCUGCCUCCAAAGACAGAUAUGAAAUUGCAGAAAAGUUACUGGAGCAUGGAGCAGAUGUGAAUAUAUUUGACCAGUAUGGACACAUACCAUUACAUAGAGCUGCAUCAAAGGGACAUUUAAAAUUAGUAAAGCUUCUCCUCCAGUACAUUGUGGAUGUUAAUCACAGAGACACAGAAGGAAAUACACCACUGCAUUUAGCAUGUGAAGAGGAAAGAGUUCAGGUAGCAAAACUUCUUAUCCAGCAUGGAGCAAAAGUAGAACUUCUUAAUAAGGAUGAAAAGUCACCACUUGAUUUGGCACCACCCAGUUUAAAAAGAUCAUUACAAAGCAUUGCUUCAUGAAGGUCUUUUGAGCCAUCUGAAAUCUGAAUGGACACUGCUCAAACCUUUAUGCUGAUAUUAUGGUAGUGUUCAUUGUGAAAUUGUUCCUACUUGUACUGCUUUUAAAUAGAAGACAAGAGCAAGAAAUGAAAUGAAAAUGGCAAAUAUUUCAUAUAGUUACAUUUGUACAUGUUCAAUAUACAUAAAACUUGAGGACAACUGAAAGUUAAUAAUAAUGGAUAAGUACAUGAAAGAGAACAGCUGCAUAAAGAGACAUAUUAUGCACAAUUUUUGGUACAUGUACAUAUUUUUCUGAAAUAAACUGAUAAAAUGUG